AUUGCAGUGCUUGUAGCAUUGAACUUGACGACCCAGUAUACGGAACCUUUCGUAUCAUAUCUUGUCGACGCUACUAUUAAUCUCGCCACUACAUACGUCGUUGCGAUGAGCUACAAUGCUGGGAUGGCCCCCUUCGGAUGCACCGCCGGCAUCGCUACAUCAACAACAUGGAAUACUGCCUUGCGGAACUUCAAACCUACGGAUGACAGUGUCAUCUUACUACUAGGUGCCAACUUCAAACUGUUGGCGUCCAGCAACAUGUUCCUAAAUCAUACCAGUGUAUCUGGCGCGACAUAUGACGUGGCAGUAGCGGACGAUUGGACAGUGGCUUUCCAAGCCAUGAUCGUGACCCGCUACAAUAACCAAUCCGCUACGGCUAUGGCCGUCGCCAGGAAAGGUUCCCAGUUUGAGGUUGUCAUCAGUGGAACGCCGUUCAUCAUCGGCAUAUCUUUAGUCGGUGUCACCCAGUAUGACCAAGAUCAACUGUUUCUUAUCGCUGGGAUACCUCGUUCUCAGAUUUACGGAAAAUUGGAGAGCGCUCAAAAGCGUAGCCGUGCGGUUGUUAUUGGUAUCAGUGUAGCUGUGACAAUUGUCGUCGCGGGCAUCUUCGUGCUUGUAGCAUUGCCGCUUUUACGUCUAGCCCACGAGAUGGCACAACUGACAAAGCUAGAUUUUGGAACUUUGGAAAGUUCUGGGGCACUGGAUCGUCGUAGUCUCAUUUGGGAGCUCCGUAAAGUUCAACGCACAUUCGCGACCAUGGUUAGGGUACGCUCUCUCCUCUCCCUGCAAUUAUCCGUUUUCGAGGGAGCGUUUGCAGGCGCCAUUAAGCGCAACAGAGCCAUGGUUCGUCCCAGUGGCGGAAUUGCGUCUAAUCCGCAGAACCAAUCCAUUUCAAAAGCUGGAACUGCGGUAACACCAUCACAGGCUGCGAUGCCUAUGAAUGGAUAGAGAAACGGAUCGGUUUUGGACGAGGAUUAUGAUUGCUGAGAUGAUUAUAGUCAAUGCACAUCAAUAGUAUUGUUACAUCGAAAAACAAACGGGGAAAAACAAACAUGGGUUUUACAAAGAGCCGUCUAUCACCCCCUUUGGGUUGCUUUUUUCCAGAGAUGUCUGAAACCGUAAGCCUUUCGAAAUCCGGAAGGACUUCAGCCAUAAGGACUAGGAAUAUAUUCAGUAUAAUGUGCCGCUUGUACGGAGUUGGCGCGCGACUCAAAGCA